AUGCUCCACCACGCCGUCGCGGGUGGCUCCGCAGAUGUCGCCAGGGCCAUGCUGGAGGCCGGGUUGGCGGUCGACGAGCCGAACGAGGACGGCGUUACGCCUCUCCUGCUCGCCGCCCACUACGGCGCCGAGGCGGUCGCCAAGGUCCUGUGCGAGGCGGGCGCGGACGUCAACCACUGCGCCGAGGGCUGGGGUACGCCGCUGGACGGGGCGCAGGGUGCCAUGGUUGGCAUGCUGGAGGCAAUGGGCGCCAAGAGGUCGGAGCAGGGGGCUGACCAGCCCAUGGCCGUUGCGGCGGAGAGGUUCAGCUACGGGUGCUUCGACACGGGCGAGAACCCCAACGUCAGGCCGGACCUGGCACCGCCCAGGGACCCGGGCCCGCAGCAGGCGGUGCUGUCCAGCGGGAGGCCCAAGGUCGGCGACUCCGUGCGGCUCAGGGCGCCCAAGGCGGGGCUGCUCCAGGAGGGCGACGUGGGGACGGUGGCCGAGGACGACGGUUCCGACUGCAUCCCGCUGAAGGUGAAGCUGGGAGAUGCGCACGACUAUUACGACGUGCAGGAUGUGGUCGUCUGCGAGCCCAAGGUUGACCUCGGGCCGGACUCGGACCGAGCAACGCCAGAGGGCACUGCAAGACGCGCCACUUCAAGGAAGCUCCAUUCCGCCAGGCCGCUCGGCUCAACUGGCCUCACCGUGUCGCCAGCAGGGUUCGGCUGCCACCGAAUCGAUGGGGAGACCACCCAGGCAGAUGCGCUGAAGCUCGCCAUACACUUGGGUUGCAAUCUGGUCGACCUUGCACCGAACUACACCGACGGGAAGGCGGAGGAGGUUGCGGGCAAGGUGCUUAAAGAGCUUUUCGAUGCCGGCAAGGUACGGCGGGACGAGAUUAUCAUUGCCACCAAGGUCGGCAACGUGCUCGGCCAGCAGAUGCAGCAUGCAGCAGGCGUGCCGAACAUGGCGGUCGUCAACGAUAAUCUGUGGCACUGCAUCUCCCCAGAGUGGAUCGAGCAGGAGCUCACGAGGAGCUUGGAGCGACUCCAGCUACAGUGUGUGGACUGCCUGCUGCUGCACUGCCCAGAGUACGAGGCCAAGGCGAGCGGCACCGACAUG